CACCAUCACUCGUCUUCCGCGAAGCUCCACAGUGACCAAGUGAAGGAACCAGCCUUCCUCUCUCUCUCUCUCUCUCUCUCUCUCUAUCGGUGCUGCCAUGGAGAGGAAGCCCACGGCGGCGGCGGCAAUGGCAGUGGUGGGGGUUCUGCUCGCUGUCAGCGUAGUGCCGUCGGACGGCGCCGUCCUGACUGUAGGAGAUGCCCUGGGAUGGACCAUCAUGGGAAGCCCUAACUACACCGCCUGGGCCACAAGCAAAACCUUCCAUGUCGGCGACACCAUCGUGUUCAGUUAUGCCAAGAGCUUCCACAAUGUUGUUGAGGUCAACAAGACCAACUACAACGCAUGCAAUAGUUCAUCUCCAAUUGCCACCUAUGCGACCGGCAACGACUCCAUUACAAUCAAGCAUAAGGGUCACUACUACUUCAUCUGUGGCUUUCCGGGUCAUUGUGAUGCUGGACAACGGGUGGACAUUAAAGUCUCAAAGCUUUCCUCCCCUUCCCCUUCCCCUUCCCCCACCGCAUCAUCCACCUCCCUGCCUGGUUCCCCUACUACCAGUGCUAGCAGUGGUAUCUCUCCAACUGCAACCAACUCCGGAACAAAAGCUGUUCCCACAGUACUCGCUGCUAUUAUCGCCGUGUUUUGCUUUGCUGCCACCUCUGGUGGCUUUGUUAGGCAGGAGUAGUGGGGUUGUGAUUGUUUCUUUUACAAGACCAUUGUGCUUAUUGUAACCUAUCUUGCCUCAGUGUUAAGUUAAACCAUUGAAAUUUGGCAUGUAGACAUCUGAACUCUUUAACAAUCUGUUUCCUAUGAUCGAUUAUUCUCUACUUUGCACUUCUUUA